CUGACGGAAACAAAGUGCGAGACUCUCUGUGUUAAACGUUCCAGUUAUGCCGGCUGAACAUGCCGGAUUUUGAAAAUGUUAAUGUUGAGUUGUUGUUUUUUCCUUUGACUGAAUGAACGCGCUAUAGGUUUGUUUUCUUUAAUACAGUGUAGAUCUUAUUCCUAUAAAAUAGAUGCAUAAAGCUGAACGUUAUCCAGUUACUCACCUUGUGAGCCACCAGGCGGAUGAGUAAUAUACCGAGUAAUGACCAGUUCACCGUGAACACCGGUUUAUGCUAACAUUAAAUAGAUAUAAAGUAACGCGUUCGUUAUAUUUUUUUUAUAAUGGUUGUACUUCUGCGAAAUCUGCAAAACGUUGUUCCGAUUCGACGUGCCAGGUUGCGCAAAGACGUGGAGACGCUGAAACGCAUUUUGGGCGUUCAGAGAUUUGACGUGGGCAUCGUGUGUGUGGACAACCGCAAAAUCCAACACAUCAACAACAUCUACAGGAAAAAGAACAUGCCCACAGAUGUGCUCUCAUUCCCCUUUUAUGAGGACUUGAGGCCAGGCAAGCUCCCAUGCGCCCUCCACGGAGAUGAGUAUAAUUUAGGAGAUAUUUUCUUGGGAGUAGAAUAUGUAAUGCAACAGUGUCAAGAAAGAUCCUGGGAUUUUCACGGAACGCUCACAGUAGUAGCUGCACAUGGAAUCUGUCACUUGCUUGGGUACAGACAUGAGACUGAGGAGGAGUGGGAUGAGAUUCUCUAUGGGAUUCAGGUCAGGCGAGUCGGCUGGCCAAUCAAGCACAGUAAUACCAUGCUCAGCAAACCAGUUACUAGAAGUUUUGGCACUGUAGGCAGGUGCCAAGUCCUGUUGGAAAAGGAACUCGGCAUCUCCAUAAAGCUCGUCAGCAGAUGGAAGCAUGAAGUGCUCUAAAAUCUCCCGGUAGACGCUGCACUGACUCUCGACUUCAGAAAACACAGAGGACCAACACCAGCAGAUGACAUGGCAUCUCAAAUCAUCACUGACUGUGGAAACUUCACACUGGACUUCAAACAACUUGGAUUCUGUGUUUCUCCACUCUUCCUCCAGACUCUGGGACCUUGAUUUCCAAAUGAAAUGCAAAAUUUACUUUCUUCUUCCCCAUGAUUGUUUGUGUGCAUACUGAACCAGACUGAGUGAUUAAAGGCUCAGGAAACCUUUGCAGGUGUUUUGAGUUAAUUAGCUGACUUCUCAGGUCAUUUCUCUAUUAUAAGUUCUUUAUUCUAAUAUUUUGAGAUACUAGAAUUUUUAUUUCCAUGAGCUGUAAGCUGUAAUGAAGAUUAAAACAAAAAGAGCUUGAAAUAUUUCACUGUGUAAUGAAUCUAGAAGAUACGAAAGUUUCACUUUUUGAAUUAAGUUACAGAAGAAAAAAAACUAACGUUCACAAUAUUCUAAUUUUCUGAGAUGUACUUGUAGUUCUCACCCAGAAAAGUGAGAUUCUCCCUUCAGGUGAGAGGAGAGAGCUUGCCCCUGUUUACCAAUCAAUUUACAUCACUGUCCUAAACUAGAAUCAUGAACUAUAGCUAAUAACCAAAGACUAAAUCGCAAGGAAAAGGUGGCAGUAAUGAGGUUCCUCUGCAAGGUUGCUAGGUGUACUCUAGGUGUAGGAUGAGGAGCCAUGCAAUACAGAAAAGCCUCAGAGCUGAGCCGUUGCUUCUCGUAAUCAAGAGGAGUUAGGGGGGGGUAGUUUGGGAACCUCACAAGGAUGCCCCCUAUUUGGGUCUUGCUAGAGCUGUAUCAGUCAUGUCCCACUCCAUAAUGACACUGGGGCAGAUAAAGUACCUGCUGUUUAAUUAUGUCACAGUUGGUCUGGGAUCCCACAGGAAGAGCUAGAACCUGUUGCAGGGGAUAGAGAAGUCUGGACUGACCUUGUCAGCCUGCUACUACUACAACUGCACCAGGAAAAGCAGAUGGAAAACGAAUUAAUUUAUUAAUGAAUGACAGGUCAUGCUUUUAA